AUGAGUGUAACAUCUCCGAAUCCAAGUGUGGCCUCAACAUAUUUUUCGGAGUUUGAGCAAGAAAAUGAGUGCUCCCAGAAACGACGAUCUCUAAGGUUGAUCGAAAAGGAGUCCCGAUCAUUGGCCAAUUCUGCACGAACAUGCAAAUCUCCGCAAUUGUUUGGGGAAACCCAGGAGGAGUGUAGUCAGAUAUUAUGCCAGCAGCUCUGUCCAACCAAAAUCGUCCAUUUAAAGAAUGAAGAGACAGCUAAUUCAGCAGGGGCCUCAGAAGAUACGUUGUAUUUUAAACCAGAUGAAAAAGUUCAAUCUCUUCACCGAUCUACUAGGAUUAUGUAUCUCAAGCAGGAAAAAGAAGACAAGAAACUAAUAUCCAAAGCAUCAGAAGGUUCUGGUCGCACGGUAAAUCGAAAAAGAAAGGCAGAUACUCAGCCAAAAUGUAAGCCAGGACGAAAAAGAAAGCCGCCUGCUGAAUCCCACACACUUUCUAAAACUAUAGAACAUCCACCCUUAUUAGAUACAUUACCCUCUACAUCAAAGCUCCCUCUUCAAUACCCAGCGCAUUUUGUUCACCAGUUGCCACCUACGAAGGAAAAAGCCAUCUUUGUACACAAUCAAUCUUUGACGACUCCCGCAGUUCAACUUCAAGAAUUGUGCCCCACACCAGAGUCGACACCAAUGCUUACCACAGAGGGCGUGGACCCACCAGACGCAGAUUCCGAUAGCUCUAUGACAAUCUCCUUGAGCGAUUCCAUUGGAGAAAUAUUUGGAACCAAAGAUAUAUGCACCAUAUUAAACGUAGAGUGUCCGAGGCAGUAUAUUCUAAUUGAAGAUCACCUUCCUGCAAUGGCCACCAUGCUUAAUGUGGAAUUGAGUCGCUUGCAAAGCGUUUUGGAUAUUAUACAACGUCUGACUCACGAGCAGAUCGUUCAAUUUUCUAUAAAUCAAGAUGACGAAGUCCAGCUUAAAUUAAAUAAGUAA